UAACGUUAUAUUAAAUCUGGCCAUAAGAAGGCUGCAGGGGCGGUCUACGACUUAGAGAGAAAACAUUUGUUGAGCGAAGCAGAGCAUAUUGCAAUGGCAGAAUGGAAGGAAAGUAAACACGUUGUGAUGUUUCCUUUCAUGGCGCAGGGCCAUUUCAUUCCCUUCCUCACCCUGGCUAAGGUGCUUGCUUCCCAAGGCUUCACUGUCAGCUUCCUCACCACCACUGCCUCUUCCCCCAAAUUGCAAUCGCAGGCGCUUGGAUCCUCUAUUCGUUUUGUUUCUCUUUCUCUCCCUCCCAUUCGUGGCCUCCCCCUUGGCUGCGAGAGCACUGACGUUCUUCCUCCCAUCAAGGGCGUGUUGCUGUUUAUAUAUUCCCACAAGCUUUCCCAGCCAUUCGAAGACUGGCUUUUGCAGGUCAUGGCAGAGACGUCACGGAAGCCUGCCUGCAUCAUAAGCGACGUUUUCUUACCCUGGACGACACAAUCAGCUUCUAAAUUCGGGAUUCCCUGUGUGGUUUUCCACACAACAGGGGCCAUGGCAGCUUCUCUUCAGCAAUACCUCUUUACAAAUCCGGUGUCAGAAAUGAUAGGCGACCACCAAAUCAUAGAGAUUCGCGAUCGCUCUAUGAAUGUGAAUCUGAGACGUUCGGAGCUGCCUCUUGUGCUUCCCGUGAUUCAGCAGGCUUAUGGCUUGGCCAAAGAAAGCUGCUCUGCAACGCUUGUCAAUACUUUCGACGGGCUCGAAGCAGAGUAUGUGAGAUAUUUACAGGAAUCCACUGGUAAGCCCGUCUGGAGUGUAGCUUCUUCUCUACGCAAACCCCACUUUGGGACUGACAAGGAAUCGGAGUGCAUCCGUUGGCUGGACUCACAAAAGGAAAACUCCGUCCUUUAUGUCUCGUUUGGAUCUCAGGGUUUUCUUUCACAAGACCAAACGAAAGCCCUCGCCAGGGGCAUCGCAGCCAGUAAUCAGCCUUUCAUUUGGUCGAUUAAGGAUCCUGUUGGAGGCCACGUUAAUUCCUGCGAUUUUCUUCCCGAGGGUUUCAUUGAAGCAACGAGAACCAGAGGAAUAGUGAUCCAUGGGUGGGUGCCUCAGCUGCUAAUUCUGUCCCAUCCUUCGACUGCGUGCUUUCUGAGUCACUGUGGAUGGAACUCCACAUUAGAGAGUAUAAGCGCUGGACUGCCAAUGCUGGCGUGGCCCUUGAUAUUGGAUCAAUUUGCUAACGCCAAAUUGGUAGUUGAGCAGUUUAGGAUUGGAUUGCAGAUCUGUGAGGGAUUUGAUGCCAUUCCCAACAGUGAUAUUGUAGAAAACACAGUGAAGGCAGCCAUGACAACGGAAAUUGGAAAAGAAAUGCGUCAACGGGCACUGCAAAUUAAGGAAUCCAUUAAUGAAGUGUCCUGCAAGUUAAGCGUUAAAGCUUUUGUAUCUUACAUCCUCAGCCUCGGCUUCAAAGAUGAUAAGUGAAAAUAUUUUAUUCAGAUGAAAUGCAUUGCAAUUCUUAAGAUGAUAAUAUCUUGUCGUAUGCCUGAACAUAUGCUGUCUUUAACCUU